AUACCAUUUGCUCGGUUCGGUUUAAUCCGGUAAUCGAUGAGGAGAUGGCAUAAACAACUACAUUGAAAUUGAUCAGCCGAGUCGGAUCGGCGGGUAAAAUGGACUACAGCUUAGCGGCGGUGAAGAUGCUUUGUUCCCAGCUCCGGGACGCUAAACCAACGCCUUCUCAGAACGCCACCGCCCUAGGUGGUGUACUUUUUCAACGUGCUUGGUUACAGGGAGUUUUGGUCCCCAUCUCCGGCGGCGGCGAUAAUUCUCUGGUCCUUGAUGACGGGACCGGUCUUGUCGAGCUCGGUCUCUCGGGCGAUUUUGCCAUCCGUCAAUGGAAAUCAGGAAUGUAUGUGAUGGUUGUUGGUGUUUACCAUAUCCGUACCGGGGAUAUACCUCUACUUAAGGUUCAUAAGAUGGUUGACCUGUCAGUGAGCCCAGAUCGUGAAGCCAUGUGGUAUUUAGAAGUCAUGGACGCGUACAGACUGUUCUAUGAGCCCCUGAUCCAAGAGUUCUCUUAACUUUUUAUUCUCGAGUACACGAUUAUCUAUCCUUCUUUUAGUUUCACGGUGAAACUUUCACCAGACCAGAUUAAUUCAUUUUUGUUGAAGAUAAUCAUAGAGUCAUGGGUAUGUACUUUUACAGGAAUCAAAAGCAAGGUUGUAU